AGGAGGAGGAGGAGACCUGGGGCUUCUUUUCUUCAGAGGCAUUUAACUGGGAGUUUAUGGAGGCUGCAGCUGUGGAAAAUGAAGAUCUCCUCUGUGGUCUUCGCUCUCCUGACUCGAGCGCUGCUUGGAGAUUUGUGUUUGGCCGUCAACGUCACGAUCACCCCUUCCCCCUUCACAGUGGCCCAGGAGGGUCAGAAUAUCACACUCUCCUGCGUUGUGUCCCAGCGGCGCCGCAACGCUGCCCUGCCAGUGGUGAAAUGGACCUUCCUGCCAGCGGGCACAGACCGGCCGGAGGACGAACUCCUCAUCGCCCGCGUCAACAUGAGGAAGGCCCGUUUCUAUGGCAACUAUACAAAGAGUUUCCCGUGGCCCAAGCUGAAGCUGACGGUGGUGAAGCAGGGGAAGAUCUUUGACCUGCUGAUCUUGAACGUGUCCGAGGGGGACCGGGGGCUCUACAUGUGCCGGGUGCAGGAGUUUAAAAAGCACCAGGACCGCUGGAAGGCCUCAUCAAACUGCACCGCCGCUACUGAGCUCAGAGUGCAUGUUCUACCGGCCACCAAGGCCAAAGAAAGCCUGUGGAGCUUGUUUGAAGAUGUGUACCUGUGUGCAGUGCUGAUCUGCUCGGUGGGUCUGCUGUGCAUGUGCAUGUUCACGGUGACGGUGACCUGCCAGUACAUACAGAGGAAGCAGAGGUUAAAAGAUAAUUACCACUUGGUCAAAAGCCCUCAGAACAGCUCAGGAGAGACAGUCACCAGCCUGGUCAGCGUGUCUCCUGCUCUGCCUAAGAAAGAGAGGAGGUACAGGAAGAAAAGGAGCAGGGACUACCAAGAGGAGGUUCCACCAGAGAUACCUGCAAAAGCUCCCAUUGGAGACAAAACACGCAAACCCAAACUUUUAAAACCACAACCAAGGAAAGUCGUGUUGCCGAAGAUAGUGGAGGAGAAUCUGACCUAUGCAGAGCUGGAUCUGGUGAAGCCGAUUCCAGACACCAAGGCAUCAUGCAGCGGCACGGUGUACGCUCAGAUACUGUUUGAGGAGCAGCAGCUAUGAGAGAAACACACGCACCACUAGUAACUGUGUCUUAUGUAAAAAGUACUUUCUAUUUAUAGCCUGUAUUAUUUUAUAUUCUGAUGGUUUGUGAAUGACAAAAGCAGUUAUUGUACAUACGAUUUUAUAUUUCUUUGAUAUAACUUCCUUUUAUGAGACGAAGAGAUGUUUUGUAUACUGGACUAUUUCAUAUAGGUUUUUUCUUUUGCACCCAUGUUUGAAUUCUGUGUAGUUUGUACUGGGAACACAAUAGAAGACUUUGGCGCUGAUUUAGACAAGAUUUGUCCAUCGUGACAAUCGGAGGAGAGAUUGAGUGCUUGAACGUGCUUAUCUGCCUUUUCAGAUCAAACAGGUUUCAUCAGGUUAGCGUCCUGAGAGUCAAGUUUACUCUGGGGUGAGGUGACGUGAGAUUGAUGAAUUGUGCAAACGAUCCCGGUCUGAUGUCUGUGCGUUAGGUGUGGAACUAGAAAUGUGAGGUGAAUAGCUUAGCUCAGCAAAAAGACAGAAAGCAGAGGAAAACAGUUAGCCUCUAGCUAGCUGGCUGGCUAACAUGGCUAGGGGGAAGUUACAUACUAGCUAGCCAGCUGGCUAACAUGGCUAGGGGGAAGUUAGACACUAGCUAGCUAGCGGGCUAACAUGGCUAGGGGGAAGUUAGACACUAGCUAGUUAGCUGACUACGAUGGCUAGGGGGAAGUUACACACUAGCUAGUUAGCUGGCUAACAUGGCUAAGGGUGAGUUACACACUAGCUAGCUAGCUGGCUAACAUGGCAAGAGGGAAGUUACACACUAGCCAGUUAGCUGGCUAACAUGGCUAGGGGAACACUAUAAUUGUUUCUUGACAAAUGUCUCGCUGUAAAACCACACAUUUCAGUAUCUCUAUGUACAAAACAAAUGAGUUUAAGUGUGCUAAUUCAUGAGCUUUAGAGGGGUUGGUAGGUGUAUUUUCGCACUUAGUAGAAAAGUUUGUUGUUUUCCUGUUUCCUGCCUUUGGGACCUGAGCUAAGCUAGCCGCCUCACAGCUUUAGCUUCAAAUGUAAUGUACAGACAUAAGAGAGGUAUCGAUCUUCUCUUCUAAGCUUUUUCCUGAAAUCUCAAACUAUAUUUCAUAAAUACACAUUUUUCUGGAUGCAGACAUUUUAAUAAUUUGAAAUACUUCGAGGCUCUAAGCAACAAAAUGCCAUGUGAUAUAUAUAUGUAUGUAUAUAUAUAUAUAUAUAUAUAUAUAUAUAUAUAUAUAUAUAUAUAUAUAUUGGUUCCUGGGAGAUUCUUUGUCUUGAUGUUGCUCAUGUCAGCCAGUUGAACUCUCUUACACAGUGAAUUGUGGGAAACCCCAUCCUGAGUGAGCAGAUUUAUGAAGGCGAGACAAAGUAAAUUAAAGACAUCCGUUGUUAUUGGUUGUGAAUCAAUGCAUGUUGAAAUGUGAUUUACCUCUAAUGUGUUCCCAGCAUUAUCUGCCUCCCAACAUCUGUGUUCAGUCGGUUUCUUGUGUGUCAGGCUGCAGUUUAUAACGACCACAACUCCACUGAGUUGAUAUUAAAGUAGCGAUUAGCCCCCCCGACCUCCCCCGACAGGCAAGUACGUGUGACCAUGCAAGCCCUUUCAUCCGGCGCCAACAUCAACUUAACAGGCCGUUAGCGACACACUCACAGACAUAUACUGUACAUACAUACAAGGGUGGAGUUACAUGUUGGCUAAACACCCUUCUAUGUUCAAACACACAAAGGCACACAUUGGCAUGAAUCCAAAAGGCUGCAAACUGUGAUACCUGGGCUGCAAACGGGGACCCACUAAGAUCGGUGUUUGGACUCUUGCACAUUACUGUCCAGAAGUCAGAGUUUACUUCAAAUCUCCAGGUGGUUUUGUUGUUUGAGAUGAGAUGCGAGCCAGAAGCCAUAUCAGCUGUGAUCCCGCAUACCUUUGCCUCCUUGCCAUCUCACUUCCCAUGAAUCUGAGUGUGAAAGUGCUUAGACCUCUUUUUUCCAUCUAAUGAUCCUCUGGAUUCAGGAAUGGAAAAGCAAAGGGGAGUUUUUUUAAACAGUGAACUUGAAACCCAGACACAAAGGCACCGGAUCCCUCCCUUCCCCCAAGACUUCCACUAUCUUCUGUGGAGUUAUCCAAGAAGCUGGAGCAGUGGUGGAAGAAGCACUCAGAUCUUUUACUGAAGAAACAGUACAAAUACAACAAUGUUAAAGUAUCUCAUCACACAUAAAAAUACUGCAUUCCAAAUCCUAUUAUUGGCAGCACAAUGUAAUUAAAGUCUCAAAGUGAAAGCACUUGUUCGACAGGAAAAUGGCCCCUGGGAGUGUUAUAUUAUUAUAUAUUACAUCAUUAGCCUCAAACAGUUGUUUGAAUGAAACCAGGUUUGGAGGGAAAUGUGUAUUUUGUAGACCUGGAAACAGCUGAUACACAUCUGAAACAUGACGAGAGGCCCCAGCCAGACACUGAUGGCGUCUAAGGGAUCAUUAUAAUGUGUUGUAUUUAGGAAGCGUAUUAAAUAUUUCUGAUGAAAAAUCUUUAUCUGUUAACAAGUAACUAUAAACUGUCAGAUAAACACAGAGGAGUGAAAAGUACAUUGCUUCCCUCUGAAAUGUAUUUGGAAUGUGAAAUGCAAUAGCAAAAAAAAAAAAAAAAACUCAGCGUACUCAAGUACCUCAGACCUGUAUUCAAGUACAGUACCAUACUUGAGUCCCAUUUUCUGCUGCGCACCUGCCGAAGUCAAUGGUUUGCACAUGUUAUUUGUUAUAUGAGUUAUGCAGUGACUAUAACUAGCUAUCUAUGUAUCAGCUAUCUAGCAGCUGAUACACACCUGAAAUUUGUUGGCUUGGUGUGAUGAAAAGAGUCCGUCUCCACUAAAACAAAAGACAGAAGUUGUUCAUGUCUGUUCGAAAAUGUCAAGACAGUCAAGUUAUAUGAUCACCACAAACUUAUAACCCACUUUUACAGCAAGAUGGUGGCUGUGGACUUUGAUAUCCUUCAUUCCUCUGCGUAUAUAUGUUACAUUUGAAUUCAAACCACUAUUGACCUCCAUUUGUCACCUUUCCAAUUUUCCAUUGCUGUUCUCAUAUGUAAAGUUCAGUUGCACAGUGUGUAUUAUCCGUAUAUAAAGUGGCUGAAAGUGACCUUUCAGUGGCGAGCAGAAGUGUCUUAAACUGUGAAAUGUAAAGUUUGUUCCAGACCACAUUGUCCUUAAUGGGAGUCCACUAACUCGAACCAUGUGUGUGAAUUGUGUCUCUCUGCUCUCUCCUUCUCUCUUUUCCCUCUCUCUGCCCACCGCUGACCUCUGCGAUCAUCGACAUUCCAGCUUUUCUGCUCUUGUUCAUUUUGUUAACUUCAUCUCUACACUGUGUAUCAGCAAGUGAAAUAAA